AUGGCAAAUCGUCUCGCUACGAAAAUAGUCGCUCAGGCCGUGACGUCCGCUCGCUUCGUCGCUAACACCGCUCUGGAGAUACCUAUCAGAAUGAUAGGUCAAAAAUUCGCAGCGAGAUUCGUCUUCGGAAGUCAGGAACGCCGUACCAGCGACUCAGGAAAUCCAAAAACGAAAACCGAGGAAGUAAUUGGAAAACUACCGGACACCGAUCAAAUUCUGAAUAUGAUCAGGAACAGGACUCAAGAAGAUCCCAUCGCGCUGAGAAGUCCAAUCGUUCUGUGGAAAUGCAGCGUCAGGACCAGUACGAUAAUUAUGUUGGAGAGUCUCGUUCUUCUGAGAGCAAUGCCCCCGGCAGAGCGACUGUCCCGAAAAUACAUAUUCCAAGAACAAAUUGCCAAUCGCUUCGUAUUGGCAAACGGAGCAGACAUAGACUGGUGGAAGAAGUCGUGGACGUUCAAGUUCAACCAAACCAGCUUUGAAAUGGAUCUCGUUGACGUCAAGAACUGCAUUCUAAAGAGCGAUUUGGAUAGUGACGAAGGAUUCCAGUUGAGAAAUAAACUUCUCGAGCGAUUGGUUGAUCUAGAGGAUGAAAUUCCACUGCGCCUUCAACUAGAGAACAGUGUGAUACACCGUCUUCUAUUGAAGUUUGCAGAGAAGUUCUAUUAG